CAUUCAUUUGUCUUCCUUCAGCAAAGCAACAUCCAAAAAAACAACUUAGCAAAAAUGGCUUGCAUCUACAACAACUCCACCAUCAGCAACUUCAAUUCAACUUUCAUCAACAAGAGCAUUGAUAAAUCUUCUCUAUCUCCAGCCAUGAGCGUUUUGAAACUCAUGAAAACUGUACGCAAGAUCUUCAACAACAGCAGCAGUAACACAAAGAAAUCCAACAUCAUUACCAAACAAAUGAUUUCGGGUCCUGUAGUCAUUUCAACUUGUAUGACUGAAGAGGAACAUCAAAAUUGGUUAAAUGAGCAAUUUGAGUCAACAGCCAUUCAAUUCUAAAGUGAAAGCAGUGAAAAGGUCGAAAAGACUUUAAAAAGGUACUCUCUCUCUCUCUCUCGCAUAAAGGAUCUUGGUUAACCGGAUCUUAGGAAAGAGAAUUAGAAAAAAUGGGUCAUCAUGUUUAGCAGCAGCACAACAGUAAAGCAGCAGCUCAACAGUGAAGCAGCAGCUCAACAGUAAAUCAGCAUUUCAUUAAAAUGGGGAAAAAAUCUUUAGAAGAUGAAUAAUAGUACAAAAGCAAAUUUUAUAGAAAUAUU